AUGUCCGGUUGCCUGUUCGCAUAUAAUUUAGAAUUGUUAGCCGAGAAGCAAAAAAUAACAUGGACGAUGAUACCAAAAGGUAUCAUAUUGCGAUGGUUAAGACUGACACCAUCGUACGCUGUCGUUCUCGCUGUGACGACGACAUGGUUAAGAUUUGCUGGUUCCGGUCCACUUUGGCAGAGCACAGUUGGCGUGGAAGUAAAAGACUGUCGUCGAGACGGCUGGUUGAACCUGAUCUACCUCAACAAUUACAUAGACGAAUCACAAUGUAUGCCUCAGACAUGGUACAUCGCAGCAGAUAUGCAGCUGUACGUGCUUGGACUUAUAAUCUUCUGUUUGGUGACGACGGCGGUCGCCAGACGUGUCGUCCUCACCUUGCUGUUCGUUGUCAGCGUCAUCAUCCCCGCCUGUCACACUUACUUCCAGAACUUGGACGCUGGAUUGAUCAUUUCUCCAGAAUUAGUUCGUGAUUACUUCGUUAAGGAUCCGACUUUUAAUCACACGUACAAAAGAGGUCACACUAACUUAGCAAGUUACAUAAUGGGUCUCAGUCUAGGAAUGUUGAUCUACCACUUGCAGAAGAACGACUUCAGUAUUGAUAGAUUUAAGGUAAACUAA